AAAAUAUUUGGUGUCGAUCAGAACAAUCCAUUUGUAAAUUAGCCAAAUGAGUAGGGAUAGUGUAAUAUAAACAUACUCUAAAUUUAAGGAUUCAGGUUUACGGGAUUACAUUUAAUGGAGACCAUCUAGUAACACAUUCUCUUGAAUCUUCAUAUUGGACAGUUACAUAGGUUUAAAUCGGUAUUUUGACAUUCAUAAUGAUCGGUAAAGCUUAUUUUACACAAAUUUGGUGCCUAGUAUCGGCCUUGUUCUUCAUUUCCUACGUAACAAGAAAUGUCUCGGCCGGAUACAUUGAUGCGACCACUUAUCUCAAGCCGUAUGAACAAUUCUGCAUAUCUGAAGUUGUAGGAAAGGAUAUGUACACACACAUAACGUUUUCAGCCGCUAGCUUGGCCCCUGGAGAAGGACUCUCUGCCUUUAUCAUGGAAGAGGGGGGAGACAAACACGUAUACAAUGAAAAGGACAUUACAAAACCUGCAUCGGUUUCAUUCACAACGAUACGCGGACUAUCGGUCAUUUUUUGUAUUACAGGGCCACCAUCUGGCGCCUUUAUCACAUUUACAUUGAAAUAUGGAGCAGACGCUAGAGACUAUUCAAUCAUUGCAAAAAGCUCACAUUUAGAUCCAGUCGAUGCUCGCAUACAAAACGUCCUGGAUGAAUUUUCAGCAUUCCACAAGGCACAAAUAAUAGGAACUCAAUCCAUUGAUAAAACCAGUGUAAAGGCCACAGAAACUUAUCACCUUUUGGCCAAAUUUGCAAUAGCAAAUAGUCUCUUUGUCAUAUUCUCAACAAUAUUCUACAUUUAUUACUUUAGAAAUUUCUUUAGGUCAAAAAAACUCAUUUAA